AAAAGACCAGACCAUGAGGAAGGAACAGAAAGAAGCAGUCUGAAGGAGUCUAAGUGAAGCUUAGGCACUGUGAAGAAAAGACAGUGAUGCAGCAUGAGAAGUUUGAAAAAGGACCUGGCUUAAGAGAGGGCAUAGAGAGGCAAAUGCAGCAUGUUUCCCAAUAUCCAUGGCAGGAACCAAUCCAAGUGUACUUUUGAUUCAAAGGGAAAGUUUACUACAAACCUGGAGUUAGCCAUAGCACGAAAUCGAGUCCGUGCACCGCAGCAACCCCAGGUCCCCGCUGAAAGGGAAUGUUCAAUAAAGCAACCUCCUGAUUUUAGCUAUAAACUGUAUAUAACUCCUGUCCAUUUUGGUAAGCUACACGGAAAGUCGAAGGAGCUGAAAAAGAAGAAGAAAAUGAACACAUUCUCUGAAGAAUUGCACAAAAUAAGGUCCAGAUUGUUUGUCCCCGUCCUGGAACAGGAGGAGCAACCGGAGAUCGUCACAAGAUUUCCUCAUGUGGGCCCCUAUGAAGCCCAGCUAAUGUUUGUGAAGAUGGGAAAGUUUAAGAGCAGCAAAUACCAAGAUCCCAAACCAUACGACUACAGACAGUAUGAACAAGAUAUACCAGAUUUUGUGACAAGCUAUGCCAGAGAUCCUUUGAAUCUAAAGCUCAAAUUGCAGAGUUUAAGCAAAGUCCAUGGACUGCAUCCUUUCACAGAAGAAAAACGGGGAUCCAGAUCGAAGGAAAAAAUCAUGACCUACAAGGCUCAAGAACUCAAAUGGGAUUCAAAGUUGCUUCUUCCAAAGGAACCUUGGCCUGCUAAAUCUGAUUCUUUUACGAGGCACAGAAGACAACGAGGUGUACACAGUGCCUUUAUGGAUCGUGUGGAGGAAACACUAAGCAAGCUGUGGCUGAAAGAGGCAAGCCAGAAGCAAGCAGGGAGCAGAAGAAAAGCAGCAGAUAGUACAAGAAAGAAAACACUCGCCUCUCUUCCCACUCAGAUGGAGCAGCAGGGCAGGAGGCAGCAAGAAAAAAGCCUUCCCAAAGGACAGCUCUCUCAGUCACCAUCUACAGGACCACGUGGGUGGGGAAUGACAAAUCACUCCAGCCUGUCGUUUCAUAUAAAACCACAACCUUUGGGCUUCUUGCUGCCAAACGGCAUAGCCCAAAGUGUCGAGGAGUUGAGGUGCAAGUUAUGAAGGCAAACAGUGGGGUAUCCUGCAAACACGUAAGAGGCAUUAUGAUGACGGCUACCAUUCAGUCUCUAAUCCACCUUCUUCCAGUAGGUCGGUUAAUGUACCGAUGUGUGCAUAUAUCGUACAAGUAUAAUAAAUUAUUAUUUUAUGUAUGUAACACACUCUUACACCCAGUGGCACUCAGAGUGAUUUACCUGAAAUAAUAAAGUAAACAUUAUAAAUCCAUGUUCAAAAGGGGAAAUGUUUACCCCCCAAAAAUGCUACUUUGAAUACUAGAACAAUGGGAUUUCCUUACAAAUGAAGUGGUCCCAUAGGAGCUGAUUGCGGGACCCUGCACAGAAACAAUUACUGCAU